AUGGAGCCGGCCCGGGAGCCCCCCGCGCGGGGCCGGCCGCCGCCCCCCCCGCGCCCCGCGCCCGCCCCCGCCGCGCCCAGGCCGCGCUCGCCCGCGGAGGCCGAGGGCCGCGGGCCGGAGGGGCAGCUGCGGCGAUCGGGGUCGGGCUACGAGGGCAGCACCAGCUGGAAGGCGGCCUUGGAGGAUACCACCACGCGUCUCCUGCUGGGCGCCAUUGCCGUCCUCCUGUUUGCCAUCCUGGUGGUGAUGAGCAUCUUGGCUUCCAAGGGCUGCAUCAAGUGCGAGGCGCCCUGCCCCGAGGACUGGCUGCUGUUCGGCAGGAAGUGCUACUUUUUCUCCGAGGAGCCCCGGGACUGGAACACGGGCCGGCAGUACUGCCACACCCACGAGGCCGCGCUGGCUGUCAUUCAGAGCAAGAAGGAGCUGGAAUUUAUGUUCAAGUUCACCCGGCGGGAGCCCUGGAUUGGCCUGCGCAGAGUCGGGGAUGAAUUCCACUGGGUCAACGGGGACCCAUUUGACCCCGACACAUUCCCCGUCGCGGGCCCGGGGGAGUGCGUCUUCGUGGAGCCCACCAGGCUGGUGUCAACGGAGUGUCUGAUGACCCGGCCCUGGGUGUGCAGCAAGACGGCCUACACGUGAGGUGGGUCAGGCCAGAGGCGCUCUGGACCUGCCUGCCCCGGGCUCCUCUCAGGCGGAGCAGUGAGGAGGGUGGUCUCGCCCUGGGCCCCUCUCCCUGCCCAGGCUCCGGCGGGUCUCCUUGGCCCCAGGCAGGUCCUGUGGCUCAGCGGUGAAAUCCCACAUGCUCAGUAGUAUAGGCGCGUGUCCCUUACACACACACGCACGCACACACGCACACAUCUCACGCACAGUCUCCUCGAACUCAGAGUCCUCCCUCAGCCACCCAACAAGUCUCCUGCGGCCCCGCCUGGAGCCUUCCUUCCUCAUGCGACCCUGGUGCUUUGAGGAAGGAGGGGGCUGACACAGAUUGCAUUGCUGUCGGCGCAGACGGCCCCCCGCCCCUUGCUGGGGACACAGGGAGGGAAGUCUUCCCCCGCCAGGGCCCGCCACAUCCACCCUCUUUGCCUUGCCCGGGGUGCUCAGGCAGCCCCUGUGUGUCUGUGGUGCUCUUGUAUUGGUCACUGAUGGAAUAAAGCGAUGACUGGCCUCCAGAGAAGUCUGCUGCCAUU